AUGGAUGUCAAAAUGUCUGAAACCCCGGGUAGUCUGAAUGAAUCGCCAAAAUCUUCGGUUUUAAAGGGAAUCCCACUUCAAGCAGCUUCAUUUCAAAUUUGGGCAGAGAAACACAAGAAAGAAAAGGACAGGAACAAAAGCCAACUGGAUCUUUUCAAAAUUUAUGGACCAAUUUGGGAGAAAUUAUCAAGACAGGAGAAGAAACCGUUUGAAGACGAGGUGAAUAAGUUGUAUUCGAAAAAAGCAGGGUUCCAGAAACCGGAAAAAGCUCGAAAAGUGAAUCAAAAACUCAAAUAUCCGCCAAAUUCGCUGGGAUUAUGGUUGGAAGAAGUUCGGACAAGUGAUGAUGUUGGGAAGAGUGUCGUGGACCUGAGCAGAAAGUAUGGAGAAGCUUGGAGAAAUUUGUCAGAGGAGGAAAGGAAACCGUUGAUUGAGAAAGCAAGAAAGUUGAGAGAGAUUUUUAAAAAGGAACACCCACUCGCUUACACACGGAAAAAGGAUGAGGAGAAAGUCAUUCGAUUUAAAGAGGAAACUGUGGGAGAAGUGUUAAAGAAGCAAGUCUUCCAAUACAAAGAACCAGAAGCUGAAAAAUUGAAUCAAGAAUUGAGCUCAUUUUUUGAGAUCACAAAAAACUUGGGAGUGGAUUUUAAGACGGAUUCGGUGGCUGAUUCAUCUGAAGCCCAACAAAAUUGCAAAAUCGAAAAAUCUCGACACCCAAUUGAUAUUCCAAUUCUGAAGGAUACCGAAAACAACAACAAAAAUCAAAGUGGUUUCCAGAAUUUGUCACAGAAUCCGUUACAAAAUUCCUCGGUUUUUCAACACAAUUCGAUUGACUUGGUGAUUGAGGAUGUUUUAAGAAAUGUGAAAUCUGGAAGUCUCGAUUACAGAGUUUGGAAAAAAUCGAUUUAUGAAAAGGAGUAUGAAAAGUUUCCAGAGAUUUUUGAGGAAUCUGGAAACUUGAUUGAUUUAGAAAUUUUAAAGUCUCCAUCAGUUGAGUAUUGCCCAGCACCUUCUGAAACCCUCUCAACGUUCAAAAACAAGACGAAAAAGGCUACGAAAAAUAGAAAAUCUGAAAACAGUCAGAAAGUUAUCCAGAUUUUACAACAUUGUUCGUCAGAGGAUUUCAAGGAAAAGUCAAUAGAAUCGGUGAUUGAAGACGUUUUGAGAAAUGUGAAAUCUGGAAGUUUGGAUUACGAAAUUUCAAAAGAAUCGGUUUAUGAAAAGGAUUACGAAAAGCUUCCAGAGAUUUUUGAGGAGAAUUUUGGCUCUGAACCUUCCAAAGCAAAGACCAAAAAAGUUCGGAAAAUUGUGAAAUGUGAAAAUCCAAAUGAUAUUUUACCGUUUCCUGAAGUGGACCAAUUAGAUGUACAGUUUGAUAUUGAUAGCAUUCAUCCAACAUUUUUCGGACCGAAUGGCUAUAAAUGGGAGCAUUUUUGA